UUUAUUCCGGAGCCUUGUAUAGUAUAGAACGUCUUAUAUAAAAUAAAAACAAAUUUUUGUGUACAAUAGGAUAAAAUUUGUUUUUUUUCUCAUUUUUGAAAAAAAAGUGUUUCGAAUUUUAUCAAUUUCAUUUAUAAAAUAGUAUAAUUAAUAAAUUUAUUGACUUGUGAAAAUAAAAUCGCUGGCCGAUUUUUAUGUUAAAGUAUAAAAUAAGAGAAGAGAAGAGGUUCCCGAAGAGAAAAAAAUUAUCAAGUUUAUUCGAGUAUUUAUCGUGUUAUUAUCGUCCUUCAGAAAAAGAAAAAAGUAUAAACACUCAAAUCAUAUUUACGUUUUUAACGGUCUUUUGAAAAAGAAUUAAAAUCAUUUUUUGUACUUGAAAGGAAAUUCUUUCCUUUUUUUUUGUACUUUCGAGAAGAGUGCAAUUUUCGGUACUUGAAAAAUGACAAAAUUUAAUUCGUCAAAUAUGGCGCGAGUGGGUCCUCAUCGUUAUCGAAGACCUCGUCGACGUCCUCUCGUUGGCCCUACCGGCUCACCGUAUCUCGAUUAUACUCUUCUUCUUGAUACAAAAGCCGCUCCAUGGUUUCGGCGAAAUAAACAAACGAAUGUUGUUAAAAGUACUCCAUUUCGAGAUGAAGCAAUUAUAUCAAUGUCGGUCGCCGGAGAGGUGACUGAUUCCUCGAUUUUGGAAGUUGGUCGUUCAAGACCUCAAUUCCAAUAUACUCGGGAGGAACUCAUGAACAUAAAGGAGACAGCUUUGGCUAAACGAAAACCCGAUUGUCUGGAUCCGGCAUACAAUAACAAGCAUGGUGUAUGGGAUCCUGAGCGUUGGCAUUUGGAUAGAAAGCGAAGUGAAACACCGCCGGAUGAUGAGCCGGCGAGUCGUAUUGAUGCUGUAGCGGAGAAUCAUGCCAAGCGACGCAGUGGAGAUCCUCGGGAGAGAAUUCGUAAAGAGCAGGACGGCAUUGUUUUGAGUCCACAACGACGAAGUUUCAACUCCGGAUGUUUUGUCAACGUAACGCAACCCCCACCGCGACGCCCAGAAAGCCCGAUUGGCAAAUCUGAGGUUACACAUCGUGAGCCGGUUCGUCGGAUCGGCAGUGGUCGCAUUUUAAAUCGCGACAUGUGGGACUUUAGAUCGGACAAUGAUAAACUUGAUUCAGAUCGUUCGGAAUAUAAUUUCCGACCUGGUGGCGGAAAUUCUCUUCGCGAUCGAGACAAUCGGGAUUCAGGAAGGGACAGAGAUAUAAUGCGAGAUCGGGACAUUAUUCGUGAUCGAGAUGAGAGGAACGAUCGUUUUGAGCGACGUUCAUUUGGCAGAGAUUUUGGAGAUCGUGGAAUGGAGAGGAAUGAGCGUAAUCAGCAGAAUGAUCGGGACAAAGACCGAGGAGGUCGCGAUCGACGAUACGGAAACGAUCGUCGAAGGAGUUUCAACGAUAGUCGCGACAAUGAGGAGCCUGAAUGGUUCAGUUCUGGGCCGACUUCUCAACACGACACUAUUGAGUUACGUGGCUUUGAAGAUAUUCCCGAGGAGAAGAUGAAUAAUAACAACACUAGCGCCAAAGGGAAGAAACAAUCGCCGGCUCAGAAGAAACGUGCGAAGAAAGCCGCUGAGAAGGAAGAGAAGAAGGAGGAAAAUCAUUCUGCCGGUCCAAAGGGUCGUAGUACUCCGAAUUUGAUGGAAUCGCAAACAAGUGUCAUUGCCGCGCCUCAUUCACCGAUUCUUGAGCAAAAUGAACAAGAGCCGCCCGCCUUGAAGGAGAAGCAAGACGACAGUAAAUCAACGACAACUGCCACUGAAUCCGAAGACACGGAGAAAGUAAACACCUCGAAUCAGAAUCAAAGUCAGGAAACGAAACCUCCCGAUUUUAAUCUUGAUGAGUUUUUGAAAUCGGACACGUUUCCCGGUGUGUCUGGCCUACUUACCAAUGGAGUUGGCUCCAAUGGUGGGACUGGUUCACGAUUCAGUCAAUGGUUCAAGAGGGAGAGUCCCGUUCAACAGGUGGACAGUCGCCGACAAUCUAUUCAAGAUGAAUUGCUCAACAAUCUUCUAAAUGACAUUUCUGAACCGAAAAUUAAAAUUCCCGCAGUGUCCGAGUCGAAUGCUUAUUUUGCGCCAAUUUCUCCUGCCAAUACAACUAAUAAUGCUGCAACUGGAACGAAACUUUUGGAGAUGUUACAGCGUGGUAAUAAAAAUCAACAGAAUGGUGGUCAGGGAGACGCUGCCAAUCAGGUUGUUCAAAUGAUGAAAAAUUCGAGUAUCAAAGAUGUUGAACAAAGUGGCAAGGUUUUCCAUAGUUUGGAGGAAUUGGAAGCGAGAAUGCGCGGUGGACUUCCAUCUGUUGUGCCUAAUGAACAACCAAGGGUCAAUAAAAACGAAGAGGAUCUUUCUGCUUUCAAAAAAUUGCUGGCUCAAGUUACUGGCGGUCAGGCUGUUCCUGCUGCAAAUGGACCGAUUCCACAGAAGCAACAACAACAACAACAGCAGCAACAACAACAACAACAACCGAUCACGUUGAUGCAAUUACUUAAUACGCAAUUGAAGACACAACAAAAUGAACAAAUUCGACCACCAACUUACAAUCACGUUGGACCUCUUGGUCCAAUUCAACAUCCUCAUCAAAGUCAAUUGCAACAUGAAAAUCUGAUGAAAGUUUUGCAAGUCCAACAGCAACAAAAGCAGAGACAGGAACAGCAGCAAAUGUUCUCGAUGAUGAUGGGAAAUCAGCGUAUGAUGGGUGUGAGUCCCAUUCCACCGGAUGUGCAGAUGAUGAUCAAUUGCGCGCCAACUACUCGCGAACUCCUCCAGAGACCAGAAGCUCGAGCUAUCAUUCAUGGACUUCAACAUGGCGAUAUUACGAAACAACACAUUAUCGAGCAGUUGCAGAAUCCGGUAAUGCAACACAGACAUCGGGAGGUUCUUGUCAACAUUCUGAAGGUCUAUGGAGGAACUACUCCUCGCACAGUGAGUCCACAUCCUAACGUUCCCACUCCUCAGGACCACAUGCUGCAGCAAAUGUUGUACCAGCAACAACAGCAGCAACAACAACAACAACAACAGCAGCAGCAACAACAGCAACAAAGAAUUCCAUCGCCAAUGAACAAUGUGAUGCAACAUCGAGUUCCAUCGCCUCGUGAGCUUGCAAUGCACACGCAAACAAUAAUACAAAAUGCCUUGAUCAAAAAGAAGCUUGAGGAACAGCGUGAAAAUUUCCGUAAACGACAGGAACAACAACAGCAUCAUCAACAGCAGCAGCAACAUAAACAUCAAACCCAUCCAAAUGCUCCUAGUCCAGUGAAUUCGCCGGCAAAACAGACAUUAAGUCCAACGCCACUUGCUUUCACGCCAACUUCGGUACUACGUAAAAUGACCGCCGAAAAGGAACCCGAGGGUGCGAAUCAAUCAUUUCAACAAGUAGAAAUUAUUAUUGCCAGUGCUUCCGCUAAUCAAGCUUUGCCUAAAUUUAAUUCUUCUGUAGUUAUUCCACCACGCAAUUACACUUCACACAAAAAUCAAUCACCCAAGGAGAAAAAAUGGAACGGCAUUGUUUCAAAGGGUCAGGGAAAUAAUAAGAAUGGUGGUAAUCAUAAAAAUUUUGCCCCCACUAACAAUAAAAUGAGUCCUAAGAAAAAAGCGCCGCGAUCAAAAAAUAAUAAUUCCCUCUCAACAGUGAAUAAUAACGAUAAUAAUAACAAUAAUACUAGCAACAUUGAAAACAUGAAUGAAUCGCAAAAAAAUUGUCCUGAUGGAAAAAAUUCUGAAUCUUCUUCUAAUACUAAAGUUUUGGAUUCUGAUCCAAAAGUUUCUGAUAUUAAAAAUAUUAGUUCGGAUCAGAUUUUAAAUAUCGAUUCCAAAAAUGAUAUUCCUAAUAAAAUAAUGUUGGAUUCUGAUCCAAGCAUUUCAACUUCAGUUUCAAAAUUAUCAAAUUUUGAUUCAAAAGUUUCUGAUAAUGAAUCCGAUAAAAAAGUUUCAGUUUCAAAUGAAAAAUCAAUUGACAUUUCAAAUGCAAUUGAUUCUGAUCUAAAACCAUCAGUUUCUACAAUUCCCUCAGCGAUUGAUGAUAAUUCAAUGAAAACUAAUAUUCCAAUAAUAAGUGGUGAAUCGAAGAAUAAGAUUAUGAUUUGUGAGGCACAAAAUUCAGCAAGAAGAUCUUCACUUGAUUCUCUGGAUUGUAACAACGAUCCAUCAAAAAUGGUUGCUCCUAAUUCAGCAUUACGACGUGACGAUCUUUCAGUUAUUGCUGAUUUCGCUCAUCAAGUUGCUCUCGCUGCUGGAGAAUCUCGCGUGCCACCAACUCGAUCACAACAACCAAUUCACCCCAAUUGGCAGAAUCCUGCUGUCAAACAGCAUCCUGGACGACCAAUUGUUAAGGGAAUAAAUGAAUACCCGUAUAGUGCAAUGUUGGAAAUGCAACAACAACAGCAGCAACAAAAACAACAACAGCAGCAGCAACAACAGCAACAACAACAGAGAGCAGUUUCUGGGAUGUUCGCUAAUCCCCAUCGUUCAAAGCACACAAUGACUGCUCCAGUUUCUCAUCCAAAUGUUUCUCAAUUUAAUGUUGCGCCCAAUUCCGUUAUGGGACAGAGAACGAAUCAAAUGACUAGUCAAAUGAAGCAAGUUCACCUUGCGAAUUUACAGCAGCAGCAACAACAGCAACAACAACAGCAGCAACGAUCUGUUAAUCCGCAAAUUCAACUUGCUUUGAACCAAAAUUACAAUUCGUCUCGUAAUGACGGACGUGUAAUACGACCUCAACAAUUAAAUAUUGGCGUUGGACGACAAACGUCACCAGUUCUUGGAUUCAUGAGCAGCAGUGGUGGUGAACUUUCUCCAACGUCAAAUCAAUUGGCACGAUGGUUUAGUCCUGAACUUCUUGCUCAAGCACGUGCCGGUAAAUUGCCAGAGUUGGGACAAACUAAUUCUAUUCUAUCGGUAGAAGAACUCGAAAGAUUACAACAUGCAUCAACGACAGUUCACAACUAAAUCGACGUGAGACUUUAUAUCUUAAUCUAAUAUAUAUAAAAACAGGUAUAUAUAUAUUAGGAUUAUUAAUUACGAAUGCAGAAAAAAAAACAAAUCUACUUUUGGAUCUCAAAGAUACUUUUUUAGAAAGUAUACA